AGUCUGAGGGAAAAAAAGGAGGGAAUGCAGCCUAGGAGCCUCAGGCCAGAAACCAGCAAGGAAGAGGAGAAACAGGCCAGGGAGGCCAGGCGCAGAGCCAGGGUCGGGUUUCAGACUCCACACCAGCCAUUCAGAGAGCCGCGAUGCUGGGGGCCUGCCUGGGCCUCUGGGUCUGCACCCUGGGCUGUGCGGUCCACGCCUAUCCCAACACCUCCCCGCUGCUGGGCUCCAGCUGGGGCGGCCUGACCCACCUGUACACGGCCACGGCCAGGAACAGCUACCACCUGCAGAUCCACAGGGACGGCCACGUGGAUGGCUCACCCCAGCAGACCAUCUACAGUGCCCUGAUGAUCAGAUCUGAGGAUGCGGGCUUCGUGGUGAUAACAGGGGUGAUGAGCAGGAGAUAUCUCUGCAUGGACCUCAGAGGCAACAUUUUUGGAUCUCAUCACUUCAGCCCCGAGAGCUGCAGGUUCCGGCAGCGGACGCUGGAGAACGGCUACGACGUGUACCACUCGCCGCAGCACCGCUUCCUCGUCAGCCUGGGCCGGGCCAAGCGGGCCUUCCUGCCGGGCACCAACCCGCCCCCGUACGCGCAGUUCCUGUCGCGCAGGAACGAGAUCCCGCUGCUGCACUUCGCCACCGCGCGGCCCCGGCGCCACACGCGCAGCGCGCACGACGGCGGGGACCCGCUGAGCGUGCUCAAGCCGCGCGCCCGCGCCACGCCCGCGCCCGCCUCCUGCUCCCAAGAGCGGCCCAGCGCCGAGGACAGCGGCCCUGCGGCCAGCGACCCGCUCGGGGUGCUCCGCGGCCACCGGCUGGACGCGCGCGCCGGGCCGGGGGGCGCCGAGCGCUGCCGGCCCUUCCCCAGCUUCGCUUAGGGCGGCCCAACUCGGAAAGCCAAGCCGUCUGGGGCGCGGACUGGAGGUGGGGCGAACCGGCUCCCCUUCCUCCCUUGGCGGGAGGUCCCCGGGGGAUUGCCCUUGGAGGCCGGAGGGAUGGAGCCCCUCGCCUUCCUCCUCCCACCCGGACGCGCUCCCUUGGGAGAGAAGGGGUUCCCUCACCCCCAGCCCUUCCUCUUCCCUCUCCUCUCCUCUCCAUCAGUCUAGCAUUAAGAACAGGGGCUUAGCGAGUUGACCAGCCGGGAGCCCAAGCCACCGCCCCCUGCUUUGUGCCAUCUGCCUGGACCCUGUUGGCAGGGUUUGAGUUUGCAACCUUGACCUGAGGGAUUAACAGCUCGACUGAGCAAAACCCAUGAAAAUCCUAACCUCAAGCCUUCGUUCUUCCUUAAGCAUCUCUGGAGAAGGGCCGUCAACAAGACUGGGGGUAGGCUGGUCAAAACUUAGCCAGAAUGACCGCCCGGAGAACAGAGGCAGGGAUCAAGCUAGAGACACAAGCUCCCUACAGAAUGGCCCCUUGCCCUGCUCUGUCCCUCUGUGCAGCCAAAGCCCGGGCCAGAGUGACCCUGCUCUUCCCACGUGGCCCCUGCCUCUUGGCCCUACGUUUGGCUUGAGUGAAUUGGGCCUGAGGAGGAGUUUUGGUCUUGGCUCCCGAAAAUCUACCCUGCUAGGAUUUGUUUUUCAAAAUGGAAAUAAAUUCAAACUCUCCUAAGAGGCCCUUCAUUAAGCCUCUGCUUCCAGGUUGGGUGGUGAUCCAUUCUGGAUGAAUUAGACAAAUGUUGCAAGCAGGGGCCUUGUGACAACGGGACUGCUCUGGGUUGGGUUUUUGUGCCAACUGUGUCCUUUUGUGAAGUGGCAUCGGGGAUUCCGGGGAAAGAAGUCCAACCACCAGGGAUCACAGUGUAGGAGUCAGGAAAAGCCAGCACUGCCAGCUCUCCACCAUGACCGCAACCCGCCCUGUAGCCGUGGCUAGAGGCUCAGCUAAAACACUCCUAGGUGGGCGUGUCUGGGUCUCACUCCACUUGGACGUUCUGGGGGCACCAAAUGAAGACAGCUUUCAGUCCCAGGAGCCCCAGCACUGCCCUGAGGAAAACCAACCCUCACAGAACAGCUGAGCGCCAGGCAGGGGGAGACUGAUGACUUAGUCAUCCUCAGGGGCCCCAUCUCCUACCUCUAUUUAAAUGGCCACCUGAAGAGCAGAAUAUGAACAAGCAGAGUAGAUGCGAACAGCAGCUCCCACCCAGUCACCUUCUCCCCCUACUGCCAUCACACACCCAACCUGAGAAACCGAUCAGUUCUUUUACUUAUGAGAGAAACAUUGGCCAACUGCUCUCACCUAUGGCUUUAGGCUGAUCUUGAAGGAUGAGUUCCUAUUUCAAAACACUCAGACUAUGUAUAAUAACUAUAUAGCAGUGCAUGGCAACUAUUUUCUUUAUAGUUUUCAUUUUCCGUUUGAGAUAUUAUAGUGUAUAAAAGCAACUGGAAACCUAAAUGGAAAGGACUUGGGCAGAAAACUGGUUCAU